GAGGUCCCCUGCAGUGCCUAGUCAGCCUACACCCCCUAGUACACAGAGCCUCCAUCAGCCGGCUGGGGGUGUCAGUGGAAGUCUAUCUAGUCAGUAUCAUUCCGCCCCAAACUUGCCAGGUAUUGGUGUAUAUGGUCAGGUGGCCCCCGCGUCCACCCUAGUCACUCCACAGGCCUUGAGCCAACUGUCCUCUGCUGUCUCUAUUACUCAGACUAGGCCAGCCACAGUGUUGAUAUCUCCCAUGGCAUUUGAGCAACCAGUCAAGAAGUCCAGCCCGCCUGUGUCAGCAGGUCCAGUGGCUGCGGCCUCACAGAUGUUCUCUUAUACAGGCGGAGGUCCAGUGUGCACCUCUUCUCCAGACCAGAGCCCCCCAGUGGCGCCCCCUGGUCCUGCUCACAUUAACCCUCUGACCAGAGAACAGAUGCAGCAGGCCUUGUUAUAUCUGAUUAAGAAUGACCCUAGUUUCAUGUCAGUUCUCCAUGAGGCAUAUGUGAAAAGUUUGACAGAAAGUUUCAGCAAGAGAUGAGACCAGUGCUGCCACCUGCAGAGUCCAGUAGCCAUCUUUGUUUAUUUGAUGCACAGAAAAGGCAAAGAUGAUGUUGGGUCAUUUUAUUUAAUGGUAUUAUGAUAUAUAUUACAAAUAGAUUGGACUGAAUUUGUACCUUUGUCAUUGCAUAUGUUGUAAGAUUUUUU